CCAGCAGUUUAACAGUCUGCCCAGUUCGAUCGGCAACGGGAGCGGGAAGAAGAAAGCAGAGAGCCUGAAGGCAGUAGCCCCCCACCACCGCCGGCCCAGGUUACCAUCUUGCACCGGGAGAGACAACAGAGAGCCGCCACCGGCAGAAGCCAUUACCAACCAGUAGUGACCAUGAGCAGCGAGGCCGAGAUACAACAACAGCCGCAGCAGCCUGCUGCCGACGUGGAGAGUCCAUCCAGCCCGGUAGUCGCAGCUUCCGCGGGGGAUAAAAAGGUCAUCGCCACAAAAGUCCUGGGUACAGUGAAAUGGUUCAACGUCAGGAACGGAUAUGGUUUCAUCAAUCGGAACGACACGAAAGAGGACGUUUUUGUACACCAGACAGCCAUCAAGAAGAACAACCCGAGAAAAUACCUUCGCAGUGUUGGCGAUGGAGAAACUGUGGAGUUUGACGUAGUCGAGGGAGAGAAAGGGGCAGAGGCGGCGAAUGUCACCGGCCCAGGGGGCAUCGCAGUCCAGGGAAGCAAGUACGCCGCCGACAGGAGCCGCUUCAGACGCUAUCCCCGAAGGAGGGGUCCCCCCCGCGGCGGCGACUAUCCAGAGAACUACCAGAGUGACGGAGAGGGCGAGCCGGGCGCCGGAGGCCGCGAAGGCAAAGGCAGCCGGGAAGGCGGAGAGAGCGCCCCCGAGGGAGACUCGCAGCAACAGCCGCGUAGGCCCGCCUACCCCGGCAGACGGCGCUACCCGCCAUACUUUGCCAAUGAGGGCGAUGAGAACCAAGGGGGUCCAGACCAGGGAAACAAACCCGCCAGGCAGAACUACUUCAGAGGCUUCCGGCCAAGCAGGGGUCCGCCACGUCCCAGACCCGUGCGGGACGGCGAGGAGGACAAGGAGAAUCAGGGCGGCGAAGGGGGUCCCAACCAGCAGCCCCGCCAGCGGCGCUACCGCCGCAACGUCAAUUACCGCCGCCGGCCGCGCCCACCGACUGGCGGCAAACCCGGCCAGGACAACAAGGAGGCCAAGGCGGGAGGCGACGCCUCCGGAGAGAAGACGCCCGCUCCCGAGGCCCAGCAGGGCGGGGCUGAGUAGGGGACAACCUGCCCACCGGCACGACCAUCUUUUACCAUCGUCCGGUUUUUUUUUUUUGUCAACAAGAAACAUCCAACAAGAUCAGAGCAAUAAAGAUUUGACUUGAUGACCGUCACAAGCUUGCACCAUGCAUUUGAACAGAUUACCACCAAUUGCCUGCAGGUUCUAUGCAGACUUGUUUUUUUUUUCCCUCCCUUCUUUUUACGUGACAGCUACAACACAUUUUUGGGGAAACGGCACGUUUUUCUAAAUCUCUCCUAAGUUUUUACACCAAAUGGUUUUUCAAAAAAAAAAAAUGAAUGAGUGAAAUUUGAUAUCUGGUCAGUUUGACAUUUUUAAAUAACUUUUUAUCUAUUCAAACAUUUUAACGAAAUGCAAGCUCAAAUAAAAGUCCAAAAACCAGGGA